UUUUUCUUUUUUUCUCCCCUCGAUUUCCCUAAUUAUUGCAUUUCUCUUUAUAAUGCUAUCAAUCUAGCCCAUAUUUUCCUGUCCAUAUGCCUCGCUUUUUCUUGCCUUUGAACUACUCACUAUACACUUGAGCCUUCUCUGUUUUGUGGUUCAUCAACAACCCGCCGCCUCUAUUAGUUCUCUGAAAUCGAUCCCGUGCUCCAGAGAUGGUUACUAUAUUACCUGAGGGGAAGAAUAGUGCAGAAUGGCUUAGAACUCUUUUGCAUAGCAGCUUUGGACAUUGUGAUGAUCACCAACACCUUAGGUAUAAUGAGAAGAAUGUUUUCUGUAUAGAUUGUAAACUUAGCUUGUGCAGGCAUUGCAAAGAAGCUCAUACCCUCCAUAGAAGGAUACAGAUAUACAAAUACGUUUACCAAGAUGUUGUUCGGCAUUCAGAGCUGCAGAAGUAUUUUGACUGCUCAAGAAUUCAGACCUACAUAUCAAAUAAUGAAAAGAUCAUACACCUCAAUCCUCGGAGAUCAUUGAAGAGCCCCAAACCAUCAAGAAGAGAUAAUACAAGUGUUGAUGUAGGUACUCCUGAGUCUCAAUCCCAAGAUACCAAAGUGUCAAGCAAAUUAAAGUCAGGAGGUACUUGCGAAGAAUGCGGAAAGCAUUUACAAGAUGAGCGUAACUGCUUCUGUUCCAUAUCAUGCAAGAUCUCAGUGCUUUCAGCGGAGCCCAAAUUAAUCAAAUCUCCAAAAUCUGAAGUUUCUGACCAUUCUCUGAAUGAUAAUCAGAACUCAGAAACUGAGUCAUCAAUAUCUGAGGCAGAGCCAUAUGAGAGAGCUGAAGUUGUGAUUCCAAGAAAACGCCCAAGAAAAGCCAUCCCUCACAGAUCACCUUUUGUUUCGAAUUCUUAAAAUUAUCAUCACAUUUUCUGCUCUUUCCUUCCAAUGUGAUUUUAUUUUCCUCCCAUUUUUUGGACAAGUUCUGUUGAAACUUCUUUGGGGAAACUCAACCCCACUAUUCCUCAUAUUGGAUUACAUAGCUGCGAGGUUGAGAUUCUCUUGCUAUGAGAAAAGUAACAUAGUGAGCUUGUACAGCAUAAGGGCAAUAGUACAAUUGAAAUUGAUGUUCUUAUGUGGAAACUUUGAAUCUAUAUAGCAAGACUUUUUAUGAAA